GGGGGGGGACUUAUGGUUGAGGAUGUUGUUCAUGGACGUGGUGCUGGUAUUGGUUAUGUAUGGUGCUGGUGCUGGUGCUGGUUGUCGUCAUGGUGUUGGUUGUCGUCAUGGUGCUGGUGCUGGUUGCUCGUCGCUUUCAUCUCUCUCGUCACGCUUGAUACCAUGUCGCUUAACCCGCCACACAGGAUGGCAGCGCCAACUGGCCUGCUUUGGGUCGUGGCAGUGGCGGCAACGCUCGUCAUGGGCAGCGCGGCUGCCGCCACAACAGACGUCAUCAUACCAGACAUUCCGCAGUGUGUGAGUGAGAGGUUCGUCGCGAGCAAGGUCGUUGAAGCUGUUCAUCGCGGGCUCGCCACUGUGCUGGCAGGCGACAUCGAUGGCGACGGAUGGGACGACCUGGUCCUCACCGCCCCUGCCGCAAAUGCCAUUUUCUGGCAACAGUUCAACACUUUGUCGCUCUCCUUUGGCUCGCAAAGGCUCAUCUCGAGCGAAAUCAAGGACCCGGGCGCCAUGGUUCUGGUUGACAUCGACGGCGACUCGGACUUGGACAUCGUCGUCGGCUCACCGCAGCUAGACGUCAUCGUCUGGCUCCGCAACUCACAGUCUGGCGGCGAGAUGAAGAUCGCAGCACCAGUCACCAGCGAUGCUCGCGACGUCAGCGCUCUCGUCGCUGGAGACGUCGACGGCGACGGUGACUCUGACGUCGUCUGGUGCUCUGAUGCCGCCACAGGCACGGCGUUUCUCGCUUGGCAUGUCAACGAAGACGGCCUCGGCCGCUUUGGCCGCAUGAUUGCCCUUUCGACGUCCUGGGUGACCGGCUCCGCCGUCGGUCUGGGCGACGUUGAUGGCGAUGGUGACCUUGACGUCGUCGCUGCUUCAAAGUUUCAAAUCAACUUUGGCUGGUUCGAAAACACCGACGGCAACGGCACCUUUGCGCCCGUCGUUGUCCUGGUUGAAAGCGAGUUGAGCCUCCCCACGUCGGUCGCGGUCAUCGACUUGGAUGCUGACGGCGACAACGACCUUCUUGUCACAGACACAACAGGCGGUGGCCAGCUAAUAACCUUUACCAACAACGGCGGUGGCGUGUUUGGACCAGAGUCGAUAACACUGGCCGACAUCGUCGGCUUUGUUAUCCCUGCGGACAUCAACGCUGAUGGCCUCCCCGACCUCGUCUCCGUCCGCAACCUCAACGACGGCAACGUCGGCUGGUUUCGCAACGACGGCAGCAACGGCACGGCGUGGACACAAGUCCUUGUUCAGUUCAUGGCCGGUGCUGUCAAUGGCAUCACCGUCGCUGACUUUGAUCGCGACGGCGACCGCGACAUAGCUUGGAUCAUCAGCGAGGCCGAGAAUUCGGACGACUUGGUCACCUUUUGGUCCGAGAACACCGACGGGCUUGGCACCUUUACCGCCCCAGCUGACAUUCAAAACGGCGUCAAUAACGUCAAAGACGUCUUUGCCGGCGACUUUGACAAUGACGGCAAUGUCGACCUCGCUUAUGUCGGCAGUGAGCCGAGCCUUGUCGCCUGGCGCCCCAACAUCAACGGCGUGGGCGAUUUUGGCGAGGCUGUCGUCGUCGACGCCUCGGUCGCAGUGCCCCUCGCCAUCAUCGGCGGCAACAUCAACGGCAAACCAGGUCUUGACCUUGUUGUUGGCAUAGAACUGGGCGCUGCCAUCGUCUGCUACACAAACUUGGAUGCUGCCGGCCGCUCGUGGAACAAGACCAUCAUCGCCACCGGCAUCGUCGAUCCUCUUGCGAUCGCCUUUGCCGACAUCGACGCCGACGGCGAUCUCGACGUUGUUGUCGGUGCCAACCAGCUCGGCUCUGUCACCUGGUUCGCGAACAGCGGCCUAGGCGCCUUUGCUGCAGUGAACUCCGCCAUCUCGGUCGACGUCUUUGGUCUCACCGCGCUUGUCGUCGCCGACAUCGACCUCGAUGGCGCCGCAGACGUCAUCACCACCGCAAACCAUGCUGCGCCUGCUUUUGACGUCGUCGCCUGGCACCGCAACGUCGGCGGCGACGGUCUCACGUGGGCCACCGUCAACGUCACAACUCUGCUCAACAAGCCGUUCGAUGUCGUUGCCUUUGAUGCUGACGCUGACGGCGAUCAAGACCUUGCUGUCGCUUCAAUCAACGACCGAACUGUCUCACUCUUUCUCAACUCGGACAGUGCAGGCUCGUUCAGCAGUCGAGUUCUCAUCGACGUCGGCGUCAGAGGAUACCGCAGCAUUGCUGCCAUCGACAUUGACGCUGACGGCGACCUUGACCUUGCUGCCGCCCAAGGCAGUGGCAUAGUCAAUGUCUUUCUCAACGCCGCCAAUUCAGGCUCAUUUGGCCCCGGCCAGGCGCUGACCAACAUCGACGCGACCUUUGUCGCUAUGACCACCGGAGACUUUGAUGGAGACGGCCGCCAAGAUGUGAUGAGAGCUCACUACAAUGGAGGUGUUUACUCGCACAUCGAGUGGUUCUCGUCGCAACCAUCCGUCACCAACACCUUGGAAAGCUUUGGCACCGCUAGCGAGUCGCUCACCAUCGCCGGCUCGCCCAAGCCGCGACAUGUCGUCCUCGCCGACCUCGACUCGGACGGUGACCUCGAUCUGGUGUCGGUCUUUGACACAACUGUGGCUUGGUUUGAAUACCUCGACGCCCGUGCCGGCUUUGACCCCGUCGCCAACGUGCUGGCAUCCGUUGCCGCUGGCGCUGCUGCAGCCGUCGCAGACUUUGAUCGCGACGGUGACCUCGACCUUGCCUGGGUCUCUGGCUCGGGCCUCUACUGGGCGCGCAACAAUGGUGGCGACAGCUUGUUUGGCCUUCCCGUCAGCCUUGACACGUCCAUUGUUCUUACAGACCUUGCCAUCGGUGACAUCGACCGUGACGGCGACUUGGAUCUGGUUGUUGCUGGCCAGGACUACGCUGCGCUUUAUCGCAACCUUGACGGCCUCGGCUCGUUUGGUCCUCCCACCGUGGUGGCCGGCUCUACUGGCACCGUCGCUGCUGUCCAGCUUGCGGAUGUUGAUAAUGACGGCGCACUCGAUCUGGUCGAGGCAAGCUUUUCCCGCAACGAAGUUGUGUGGUACCCUAACGACGGUUCAGGCUUCUUUGGCUUCCCGAAGCUGAUUGCCUCGGUCACCGGCGUCUCUGCCCUUGAGCUGGCAGACUUGGACCAAGACGGCGACAUUGAUGUGGUGACCGGUGACAACGGCGGCGACAACUCCGUGAUGGUCUUCGCUAACACGGAUGGCUCCGGCGCUUUUGAUCUCCUCCAAAUCGUGGCCACCAACGUCAUUACGGUUCAGUCCGUCCAAGCUGUGGAUGUCGACGGUGACCGCGUUCUCGACCUACUGGUGGCCGCAAAGGAUAGCAACUCGGUGCUUUGGUUCCGCAACAUUGGGGCUGGUGGCGUCACGACGUUUGGCCCGACUCAAUCGGUUUUGUACGGCGUAGCGUCCGACAACCCAGCAUCGGCUGCCGGUGGCGACGUGGACGGUGACGGCGAUCUCGACGUCAUCGCGGCCAUGGCGACUUUCCAGGUUGUUCUUCAGAAGACCCGAGUUGCGUUUCACACCUACCAGUCGACAACGCGUGAACUCGAUACCCAGCUCUCGCUCUGCGUCUUCGACCCGUUCUCACUUGCAUGUAUCGAGGAGAACAUGCAGCGACUUUCUAGCUGUGUCCGCGACACCUUGAUCCUACCGCCGGGGCGCUACGCGCACGCGCGGCGUGGGCAGCAUGCCUCGGUCACUCGCCCCAUGGUGCUGGCGGCUCGCGAGCCGGGCUCAGUCGUGCUCGACGGCGCGCUGCCGGACCGCGCUCGUGGAGGCGUUUUCUUCCGCUCGCAUCCGCACGAGCGCCAGUCGAACAUGCCGCUGCAGGGCGCGCUGCGACUGGAGAAUAUCACUGUGUCCAACACUGGCAUCGGGGUCUCAUCCCCCUACGGCACGCCUGGCCUCAGAACUGAUGGUCCAGGUGCCGUCUUGGAGCUCGUCAAUGUUAACGUGACGGGCGCGAUUGCAGACACAGAGCUCACAGCUACUCUGUUCAGCGCCGGUACAGGCGGCGCAAUUCUUGCCACCGAUGGCAGUGAGCUGCGACUCAUCGCAACUCAUGUUUAUGGCUGCUCCGCCUCGCUGCAGGGUGGUGGCGUUGCGCUGCACGGUGCCGCUACCCGGGCGAGGUUCGAGCGUUCGGUUGUCGCCGGCUCGACAGCCGGUCUCGACGGCGGCGGCAUCGCGAUUCUGGGCGGUGCAUCGCUCGAACUAGUCUCGACAGACAUUCGUGAUAACUCGGCUCGGACUGGAUCGGGUGGCGGUUUAUACGUUGCUUCUCUGGCGCAAGUCAACAUGACGAGCUGCACUGUGUUUGGCAACGAAGCGCCCAAGGGCAUUGGUGGCGGACUCUUGCUGCGGCCGGAUGCCGACUCACAGUUGUACCUCUCGCAGAUCCGCGGCAACCGCGCACGAGUCGGCGGUGGGAUGGCUCUUGCGCUUGGCGGCUAUGAUGACGGUGUGCUCGUCGACGCUGUGCAGGACGUGGCGACCGUGGCAUCUGUUGACGUGGUGGUGGGGCCGAAACUCAUUCUUGACACCGUCGUGGUUGUGGCAAACGAGGCCUCGCUCGGUGGUGGAAUGUACGCCUGUGGCGGUGAUGUGACGAUCCGCGGCUCAGGCGGCGAGUGGACCAACAACGCGGUGCGUUUGUCGCCAGUUGUAGACUCGGCUGCGGAUGUGUUUGUCUGCGCAGUGGCUGGGACAAUGCCAGGCAGCCCUCCGCCUUGGGUGCUGGUCGAGCCUGGAGCAGGUGGCCCAACUUCUGUGCAUGGUCCGCCCGGCGCAGUGUUGUGGGAGAUCAAGCCUGUGGCGACGGCACAGAUUGGUCAUUCUGUGGUGGGCACAGUCCGUCUUGUCGAUGCUUUCGGGCAGAACGUAGCUUACGCAGGCGCGCUCGCAGAGCUGGUGGUGAGCGGGCCCGGGCUGUUAGCUGGCGUCGCAGAGGAUAUCCAGUUUAUGCUCGACACUGUUCCACUGCCGUCGCUACAGUUGUGGGUGCGGGCAGACGUCCUGGUCGGCAGCGCCUUGCCUGAUGUGGAUAUUCAGGUGGUCAUGAGCUCUUCGUCUCCGGUCACUUCUCUCUCUCCGCCUGUGGCGGUUCAGGCGGUUACAUCGCGAACAAGCCUCGUUCCGUGUGGACUCGGGUUUGGUCUUAACGAGCUCUCGGUCAUGGUAGGUGCACAAGUCGUUGAUGCGGUUGAGUGUAUUGCGUGCCCAAGUGGGACGUUCUCGUCUACGGUUGCUCUCGAGCCAUGCACGCCUAACCGCGGAUGCAACGCCAACUCGAUCAGCCUGGAUGGCGGAAAUGUCACCGAUGGCGCGACCGGCCUCAAGUGCCUGUGCGAUACCGGGUUUACAGCAAGGGGCUACGACAGCGAUGGUCUCGUGCUGUGUGAGCGAUGCCCUUCAGGCGGGCGGUGUGCCCGCGGGUUGGGUCCGCCUGUCCCUGCGCCUGGUUUCUACGCCGAUCCGAAGAAGAACGACACGUUUGUCCAGUGCAAGCGGGUGAGGGGCUGCCCGGGCGGCUCGCUGCUGGUCCAGUGCGCAACCGGUUAUCAUGGGUAUAUGUGCAACGAGUGCGACGACGACUACUACUCCAACUCGAUUGCAGAGUGCAUCAAGUGUCCACCAGCGGCAAUGGGUGGCUUUGUGGCUGGCGUGCUUGUCCUCCUUGGACUGGGCGCGGCAGCAGCUGUUCUUGUCAGCAUCGGAGUGGUGCGGAUGCAGUCGUCAGAGAGCCUGCAUCGGGCGUCAAUGGAUGUGCUGCGGCAGCGAAGCCUGCCUGCGACUGUGGGGAUGGUGGUGAUGGUGUUCCAGAUCAUGGGCAUUCUGUCGACCGGCAAGUAUGGCUGGUCGGACGAGGCGCAGAGUGUACUUUCGGUCUUUAACGCGGCGAAUGUGGACGUCAAUCUCUUUGCAUCGGAAUGCUCGCUUGCAUCGUUCCACACAAAGUACGUGGUCUCGAUUGCGCUUCCGAUUGUGGUCCUUGGUGCUGUCGUGGUCGGCCUCCUCGUCCUCAAGGGCAUGGCGGGCGCUGGGAUGGUGCCGUUUCGGCUGCGCGGGCUGGCCAGUGCGCGGAUCAGGAUCCUUGUUGACGCGGCGCUGUUUACAGUCACACCUGUACUGUACAUUCCGAUGGCGCGGGCGACACUGGUCAUGUUUGACUGUGUCCAGCUGCCCAACGGCGACUUUGUGCUCGAUGUGGACCCUGGAGUGGCAUGCUUUGAUUCUGGCUGGCUCGGCAUUCUCCCUGUUGGCCUCGUGGGGCUUGUUUCGUUUGUAUUCGGCUUUCCGCUCUACUUUCUGUUCUCGCUCGUCACGCGGCGAAGCAAGCUGCUGCAGCCUGCGACGUUUGUACGGUUUGGUGGCCUGUACAAGCUCUUCCGUGUCUCAUACUACUGGGGGGGCAUGGCCGAUCUCGGCAAGCGUCUUGCGAUUGUGCUGACGAGUGUUUUUCUCUCCGAAGUGCAGCUUGUGCAGCUCGGGCUGCUGAUGGCGAUCCUCCUCGUCUGGGUUUAUCUGGUGGUCAAGACUCAACCGUACUACUUCCGGCUGUACAACGAGGCGGACGUGCGGCUGACGUACGUGAUUGUGGUCAUGGUCGGGGUUAGCAGCGCGAGCUAUGCUGAGCGAGCCAAUGACGGCGCGAGCCAGACGGGCAUUCUGGUAGUACUGGUGCUGGCGGUCGUUGCGCUGUGUGCUUUGGCGGCGCACGCGAUUGUGCGCGACGUCCUUCAAAUCGUCUCUGACUCGUACUCGUCGUCUGGUGAGCGGGCUAUGCAACUGUCGCUCAUUCUCUCGCGCGAGCAGGAUGACCUUGAGGGCGAGGUUGCCGAGGUGCUCGAGGGAACAAAAGUUCGGCUCUCGCUGGCCAUCGACGAGGAAAAGGCGAACGAAACUAUGGGGCUGGACGGCGUGGCACUCGACGAGCUGUAGCUUGCCUGGAUUACACAUAGUCUUCGCGAGAGUCCAUCGAGUCAAAGGCGGCAAACAUGGUAGCGAGCUUGUGGUCAUCAAAGAUGGAGUCGACCAUGUUGAUUCGGAGAAAGGCUUCGGGCGGCUCUUUGCGCAUGUGGUACUCGCCUGCGUCGUCGCGGAAGACGUGAUAGAGCUUGCCCGGCGGAACGAGGUCGAUGCGAGCAUCAAGGGCCGAGGUUUCGACAUGAAACGGGUCGGGUUCGGCUACACCGACGGCGACUGAGGUCGGACGAAGCCACGCGGCGAGGGUCGACAUAGUGGCAACCGACGCGUUCCAA